AGUGCGCCGGAAAGCAAGCUGCAAAACAUGAGAAAAGAAGACGUAAACGGAAAGCAGUAAUGUCGUUUAUGUGACCAUCGGAGCGUUACUUUAUUUAUACGUCAGAUUCACUUGGAAUAUUUUAUUCACAAUGUUCAAAUGAAUUCUGAGCGGCCGCUGUAAUAGUGGGGCGCGAUCAAACCAGUUUUUACAAAGGUGAAGAAAUGGCCUUCUUGGACAAUCCAGCUAUUAUUCUUGCCCACAUCAGACAAUCCCACGUGACCAGUGAUGAUACAGGAAUGUGUGAAAUGGUCCUAAUCGAUCAGGAUGUGGAUCUGGAGAAAUGUCAUCUGACUCAGGUACCUGGUAGCGGCUAUGAGUCAGCAAUAUUGAGUUCCUUAAAUGAGGGAUUUGGCUCCAUGACAGACGGUUACACUUGUGACCUCUCCCAGUCUAUGGACAUCACCUCCAGCUGGGACUUUGGCAUCCGACGACGCUCUAACACAGCCCAAAGACUUGAAAGACUGAGGAAGGAGCGUCAAAACCAAAUCAAAUGUAAAAAUAUUCAGUGGAAAGAAAGAUCUUCCUCUCAAUCAGUGGAGGAUUUAGGGUCCUUUUUUGAAAAACGUGACAUUAAGGAUAGAAUGCGGUCAACAUGUGUGAAAUCUACUCUUUCACUUCGAUUGGAGCAGUGUCCCCAGCAGCUCAACAACCCAUUCAAUGAAUAUUCAAAAUUUGAUGGCAAGGGCCAUAUUGGCACAACAGCGACAAAAAAGAUAGACGUCUACCUUUCAAUGCAAAUGGGUCAGGAGAAAGUUCAUCCCAUGGCAGUCGUCACCAUUGCGAAUGCCCGUGUUCAUGAUCUUAUUGGGCUAAUCUGUUGGCAAUACACAACUGAGGGACGAGAACCAAAACUCAAUGAAAAUGUGAAUGCCUACUGCCUUCACAUUGCAGAAGAUGAUGGUGAGGUGGACACAGACUUCCCUCCCCUGGACUCCAAUGAGCCAAUACACAAGUUUGGUUUCAGCACUUUGGCGUUGGUGGAGAAAUAUACUUCACCUGGCCUUGGUUCACGACAAUCACUGUUUGUCAGAAUGUCCCUGAGAUUUGAAGGGUGCUUUCUCCAAACUGCCAUUUUGAGAUCUCUCCACAAGUGCUCUUCAGGAUUCAGAAAUGCUGCUCAGGGUUUUUCUUUAAUCCCCGUGGACAGUCUGAAAGUAACCAUGAAAGAAAUUCUUCAGAAAGCACUCAAGAAGAGGAAAGGGUCACAGAAAGGAUCAGGGCCUCUGUAUCGUUUGGAGAAGCAAACGGACCCAAAUGUUGCAGUAGACCUAGAUUCCACACUUGAGAACCAGAGCACUCUUGAGUUUUGCCUUGUCAGAGAAAACAGUUCAAGAGGCGAGGAGAGCUCAGAGGAAGACCCACCCAUUGACAUCACUUCUGUCCAAGAUAUGCUGAGCAGCCAUCACUAUAAGUCAUUCAAGAUUAGUAUGAUACACAAGCUGCGCUUCACAACAGACGUUCAACUCGGGAUAUCAGGAGAAAAGGUAGAGAUUGACCCUGUCACCAAUCAGAAAGCCAGCACUAAGUUUUGGAUUCGACAGAAACCUAUUUCGGUCGAUUCGGACCAUCUAUGUGCCUGUGACCUUGUCGAAGAAAGAAGCCCCAACCAUGCCAUAUUCAAGAUUACUUACAUGAGCAACCAUGACUACAGACCUCUGUACUUUGAGUCAGAUUCCACUACUGUCAAUGAAAUAGUUCUCAAGGUGAACUACAUCCUGGAGUCACGGGCAAGCACCACACGGGCUGAUUUUUUUGCCCAGAAGCAGAGGAAACUCAGCCGUCGGACAAGUUUCAGUUUCCAGAAGGACAAGAAGGCUGGACAGUAGAGGGACUCAUUUAUGCAGUUGUUAUUUUGUCUGGAAAUCUGUCGUCGAACACGCAGGCACGCAUGCACGCACACACACGUAUGUACGUACGUAUGUUUGGUUGUGUGGAAAGCGUGGGACUGGGCUUUGCCUGUGCAAACUUGACCUCCCUCUGUUCACAUAAUUUUUCUCCAAGUACUCUGGCUUCCCCCCAGUCCAAAAACAUAACAUGUUUACUUCUUUUACCAUUUUAAAAGUGAAUGCAGGUUUGCCAGCUCUAAUUAUUUGGUCAGCUAUCCUGGUGAUCCUGAGCUGAGAGACGGUCCAGCCUGAGUCUCUCAGCUCAGGAUCACCAGAUCGCCAAUUUAAUAUUGACUUACAGGAUUAGCAGAUGAAUAAAACAGAUGGAUUGAGUCAUAUGUAU